AUGGUCAACUGCGUGACAGAGACAGAGAAACAAAUGGUCAGUGUGGAGAGAGUUUAUCAAUACAUAGAAGACACACCCAGUGAGAAAUGGGACGGAACACAGCCUUCUCCUUCCUGGCCUGCUGCUGGAGUUCUCAGCUAUAGUGACGUCUUCAUGAAAUAUCGGGAAGGCUUACCUAGUGUCCUCAAAGGCCUCACGUUCACUACACGUCAUGCUGAGAAGAUUGGAAUUGUGGGACGGACAGGGUCCGGGAAGUCAAGUCUCUUCCAGACACUGUUCCGUACUGUAGAGAUAAACUCUGGUGAUAUUACCAUUGAUGGAGUGAAUAUACAGCAACUGGAGCUCAAAGACGUCAGGCGUCAUCUGGCUGUGAUUCCUCAAGACCCAUUCCUCUUUAGUGGUACCGUCAGGGAGAAUCUCGACCCCACGUCUUGUUACAGUGAUGAGGAACUGUGGGGUGUCCUUGACAGAUGUCAUCUCCGCUUACCUGUAGACAGACUGGGAGGUCUCAAGGGAGAGGUGGGAGAGAAAGGACGACAUUUUUCUGUAGGACAGAAACAACUUAUGUGUCUGGCAAGGGCUCUACUAACGAAGGCCAAGGUGUUGUGUAUAGAUGAAGCUACGGCCAGUGUAGACCUGGAGACAGACAAAUUAAUACAAGAAACAAUCCGCAAGGAGUUUGUGGAGAGUACAGUGUUGACCAUUGCCCAUAGAAUCAACACCAUAAUGGACAGUGACAGGGUGUUGGUGAUGGACCAGGGUCAAGUGGCUGAACUGGACUCUCCAGAAAAUCUUCUCAAAAAUCCACAGUCUCAGUUCUACCAGUUAGUUCACGGAAAACCAUCCGAGUAA